AUGAACUUAGUUCCAAGGAAAAAAAAAAAACUUUUCCAUUCCUUCUUCUGAUGUCUACAGAUUAACAUUUGCAGAAUUUCCUCAUACUCGGACCUGCUGCAGUUCUGUAAAGUCGCAGUAAAAAUGAAUAGAAAAUGCAAAUAUUAUUUAGAAGAUUCUAAUGAAUUUACGUGGGAUGAAGUUGAACUUGAAGCUUUCAAGAAAGUAAUUAUCGAAAGAAAAUUGAAUCAUUGCAUGGACGACAUAUUCCUUUUAGGAUUUCUUCGAGCCAGAAAAUAUAACAGAGAUAAAGCGUUAAAAUUAUUAAAAAAUUAUUAUUAUGCCAGAAGAAAAUAUACAAAUUUCUUUACAAAUCUUAAUCCUUUAACGUUAGAAAAUGCUUUGAAUUUCAACUUUGUACAAUUUUUACCAAAUCCGGAUCAAGAUGGACGAUUCAUUGCUGUUGCAAGAAUCAGCCAUUGGCAUACAUCGAUUAGUGCCAUGGACGUGGCACGUUGCUUCUUUUUAUUCUUUGAUUUUCAGUUAAAUUACCAUCGUACCCAAGUUAAUGGCAUUGUUGUAAUUAUAAAUACAAAAGAUACAACAUGGAAGCAUGUCGUACAGUUUACACCGAAUUUCAUCGUUUCAUUACUGGAUACUCUAUAUGAUUCGUAUCAAAUACGCUAUAAAGAAAUACAUUUUGUCAACAUGAAUCGACUAUUUCAAGCAAUUAUGACUAUUGCAUAUCCUUUGAUGCCUUACAAACUCAGAAAAAGAAUGCAUUUCCAUGGAUCAGAUAUGAAAUCACUGCAUAAAUUCGUCAAUCCAAAGUAUCUUCCGGCUGAUUUCGAUGGACAAUUAUCGACUUUCGAUACGACUAAAGCUAAUCAGAUACUUAAAGAUAACGAAGAAUUUUUCCAUAUCAACGAAAAAACUUGGAAACAAACUCUAUGAUAAAAAUAUACACAGGGUGGACCAAAAGUCAGUUAACUGUUGUAAAGACAAACAUUUUAAACCAUGCUUUUAAUCAUUGUUGAUCAUAUUUAAAUACUUAAUCAAGUUUCUAUUAAUUUUCAGCAAAGAAAAAAAAUCACCCAGUUAACGGAUUUUUGGG